UCUUUCCUAUUUUCUUCGAAACGAGAACCAUUCUAUCAAAAACCAUGCCGGCUUCGUCGUUCGUCAGUUCCGCUGGAUAAUCUCUUCCAUUGCUGCUCGCUCUUUAAUGGCGAUCUGAGGGCUUCUCCAUCCGUUCUUCCCCACCGCUUUCUCGGUUUCUUGGUUUUUCAGCUGUUGAAGAUCAUUUCAUACAAUGGCAACUGCUCCAAAUGUUGAAGUUGAGGCUGCUAAGUUUCUACUUAAACUUAUUCAAGAAUCGCCAGAUGAGCCUGCCAAACUAGCAACUAAACUAUAUGUGAUCUGUCAACACAUGAAAUUAAGUGGAAAGGAACAGUCAUUACCAUAUCAAGUAAUAUCAAGAUCGUUGGAAACUGUUAUAAAACGGCAUAAUCUUGAUAUCAAUACUCUGAAGACCUCAAAUGGUGGACUUUGAUAAACAUUUCGACUCUAUCAGUUAGACAAGGAAGAAGUAGAAUAGUUGCUGCUUUCAAAGUUAUGUGGUGCCAAUAGAUUCCAGAGUUCUUUCAAGUAAGUAAUGGCAUUUUCGCAAAAUUAUAUUUUCCAAAUCAGUCGUUAUUCAUAAGACAACUUUAGGAUGUGGUUUUGUACAUUUCGAAGGCUAUUAUUCAUUUGGGAAAUGUACUUAGAAGUCUGAUUUGCAAGAAUGGCAACCCACAUAAAUUUGUCGUGAA